GAGGGCUAAACAGCGAAUUCCUGCACCGCCGCGUUACUUCGAGCCUCGAAGCAGCAGGCCUGGUUGCCAAGCGGAUGGCGAGGCCCGAAGACCUGUCGGGCGGCAUGCGACGAAGACUGGGGGUCGCGCUGGCUACGGUUGCUCUGCCCAGGGUUUUAGUCCUGGACGAACCUUCCGCUGGACUUGAUCCAGAGGCGCGACGUGAGCUGUGGGAUCUGUUGUUGCAGCUUCGUAAGCAGUGCAGCGUGUUGCUCACGACGCACGACAUGGAAGAAGCUGACGUCCUCGGGGAUCGCGUGGUCAUCCUCAGCAGAGGACAUGUUGUGGCAUCUGGAACGCCUAUGUUUCUCAAACGGCUCUUCGGCACUGGAUACCAUGUUCGGAUCGCCAAGGAUCCCACGAGGUGUGACUUGAAGGUUCUUCUGGAGGCCGUGCGUGGCGCUGUUCCCGGUGCCAAGUUGCACACUGAUACCCGACACGAGACAGUCUUUUCGCUGGGCCAGGCCAGUUCCGCGACUCUGGUGGACCUUUUCCGUCGACUUGAGGAAGACCGAAAGAAGAUGGGAGUGCUUGCAAUGGGAGUGACGCUCACCACUAUGGAAGACGUCUAUCUCAGGCUGCACCGGGACGUAGACGUUGGCCCAGGGUCGAGAGAGCAGCUUGAUGUGACACAAGACCCCGACGUGAGGGCCGUGUGUGCUGCCCGUCGCCGGGACUCCGCUGGUACGGUCUACCGCGCAAGGGCCCUAUUCUGGAAGCGCUUGGUCUAUUCCAAACGCAUCUGGGCACUUCCACUGAUCUGCAGCCUCCUGCCUGCCGCGCUACUCGCAUUCCAAUUUCGUCUCGAGCGUCACAUCGUGGGUCUUCUGGUGCACGACGCUUCCGGUGGUUCACCCCCCGCCACCCUCUCGCUCUUUCUGCCCGACAUGUACGGGGCCAUCACCAACUUUGUCUCCUUCGACGACAGUUCUGCCGAGGUUGCGCGAGAUUUUUAUUUGCCGCUGCUGGAGUCGGAUUCUGCGUCUGCCGUAGCCAUCUGGGACGACCCGGUGCAGUCCCUGUUGGAAGUGGCGGAGAAGGACAGGGCAGCCUACGUGAAGCAGUUUUUGGUGGGAGCGAGAUUCUUCACAACGCGAACCACGGACAAUUCUUCCGAGCACAUCGUCGAAGCGUGGUACAACCCCGAGGCCGCUCAUGCUAGAACAAUCUCCCUCAAUCUGGUGCACACGGCUCUUCUGCGAUAUUAUUCCGGCGGAAGAAUGGCACGGAUAUCCACUAGUCUCCGGGCAGAACAGUGGAGCGCUCUCGGUGUGGAGUCCGGCCUGGACCCCGAAGAUAUCAUGGCGCUCCUGGUGCCCCGAUUCGUCCGUGCUCUAUUCCUGCCAAUGGCUACCUGCUUCGCUCUCGCGGGAUUCGUGCUCUUUCCUCUGUCGGAACGCGCUGCUGGCUUCAAACACCUACAGCUGAUGGCGGGCGUGCCUGGACACCUCUACUGGGGUGUCAGCCUCGUCUGGGACCUGGGGUUGUACAGUGCUACGGGGCUCUGCUGUGUUGCGCCCUUACUGCUCCAAACCAGUACUAUAGAGGGAACACUGACUGCCGUAGCUGGGCUCUAUUGGGCCUUCUCUGUGGUUGGCAUAUCUCUGGCAUACUUGGGUUCCUUCCUGUCUCAGUCGCCAGCCGUCGGUUUCGUCGUAGUGGCGUUACUGUUCUUCUUCGGCGGUGCAGCAUCAACAUUAGCUCACGUGCUUCUUGCCUAUAUGGAAGCCUUUGGUGGUGGUCCAGCACGCAAUAAAAGCAGCGCCCUGGAGAUGACACUUUCCAGUCUGCCAGUGUUCACGUUCACUUGGGGUCUUACUAAGGUGCUGCAAUUGAACGAUGAGAAUCGGCUCUGCAUGCGACUCGACACAGAGUCACUCUUCCAGUUCUGUGCCGGCCUCAAUGCUUCAACUUUAGCCCCCCUGCUGCGAGGAAUGGAUUACUGUUGUGGUGGUGUUCGGCACAAUGGCAUCCCGAGACUUAUGCAACCUUUAGCCAUGCAUAUGGAUGGUGUAGGCUGGGAGAUCUGCCUGUUGCUUGUCCAGGGAAUCAUCGCUCUCACCGUCUUACUUGUACUCGACUCUGGAUAUCCGCAAGCGACGUGGGGUGUGUUUGUCCGUACAUACCAGCCUCAAAGCCCUGCACCGCCUCCGGAAGAUCCAGACGUCGCCACUGAACGCUGCCGUGUACGCGAAAUUAUCAGCAGGAAGUCCAGCGACCUGGAAGGGCGGGUUCUCGUGGUGGACAGCCUCUGCAAAGCCUAUGGAGCCCUGAACGCGGUCAAGAGCCUGGACCUCGCGCUUCGUCCACGAGAGUGCUUUGCACUUCUGGGUGUAAACGGCGCGGGGAAGUCGACAACUUUCGGUAUGCUCACGGGACGUCUGUUCGUGACACGAGGCACGGCGUACACACGCCAUGCUGUGCUCACUGACGACCUCAAGAAGUGGCAAGAAAACAUCGGCUACUGUCCGCAGCAGAAGGGGUUGCUUGGACGGUUGACGGGCCGUGAGGCUCUGGUGCUUUUCGCACGCCUGCGUGGGGUGUCAAACCAACAUGUUCCGCAACUGGUGAAAAGCUUGCUACGCGUCCUCGACCUUGAACAACACGCAGACAGGCGCAGCUCAUCAUAUAGUGGAGGAAACCGUCGUAAGCUUUCGGUAGGCCUUGCCCUGGUGGGCCUUCCAGACGUCGUAUUUCUGGACGAGCCCAGCGCUGGCGUCGAUGUCGUUGCCAGGUCCAAGAUAUUUCGCUCACUGGAUGCGCUAAGACACACAGCUGGUAUCGCCGUUCUUCUAACAUCGCAUAGUAUGCAAGAAUGCGAACGCACCUGCGACAGAGUCGGUAUUUUGGUGAACGGGGAGCUGGCAUGCUUGGGUAGCAUCCAACACCUAAAGGAACGCUUUGGAAAGGGAUACAGCAUCACCGUCAAACUUCCAGCACAUCGUACGAGUGAUGCCUCCGCCCUUAAGGUGACGAUGGAGCGCGUUUUUCCCGGCAUUCAGCUCAGGGACUGUUAUCAGGGACUGUUGGAGUACCAGCUGGACACCUGCCUGCCAUGGAGUUCAUUGUUCCAGCGAGCAUCGGAUGUCCAAGCACUGCAUCAGUGCGAGGACUUCCUCAUCAGCGAUACCACUCUCGAGCAGGUCUUCAUCAGGCUAGCCAAACGACGCCAUCCUCCUGUGCGAGUCUAGACCCCACUCGUUCCGUCCGCCUUCUCAUCUCACCGGAGGCUUUUGAUUGGAGCGAUCACAUUGACAUGAUCCAAGAAAUUGUUUUAAGCUCGCAGAAGACAAUGCGAUAAUUAUUGUAUAUGCAACGAUAUGACCUGUCAUGCUUGAACUCGAUUCGAUUUACAUUAAACAUGAAAGUAACGAUAGAGCUGAAUCUGCA